CAGCGGCCCCUCCUCCCCCGCGCUCCUCUCAGAGCCCCGGCCGCGCGCCCCUCCUUCGCUCGCUCGGCGCCCGCGCAGGCUCCUCGGGCGGCGGCGACGAGGCGCCUAGGCGGCGGCGGCGGGCCGGAGGAGCGCAGGAGCGGGCGGCCAGGCGACCGCGCGGCGGCGGAGCGGGCCGCGGCCUGGCGCUCGUCCCCCCUCGCGGCCCGGCGCGCCCCGGCCGCCGCCAUGAGCGGCUCCUCAGGCACCCCGUAUCUGGGCAGCAAAAUCAGCCUCAUCUCCAAGGCGCAGAUCCGCUACGAGGGCAUCCUCUACACCAUCGACACCGACAACUCCACCGUGGCGCUCGCCAAAGUGAGAUCCUUUGGUACUGAAGACCGCCCCACAGAUAGGCCUGCUCCUCCGAGAGAGGAAAUUUAUGAGUACAUCAUUUUCCGAGGAAGUGAUAUUAAAGAUAUUACUGUGUGUGAACCUCCCAAAGCCCAGCACACACUCCCUCAGGAUCCUGCUAUUGUGCAAUCUUCCCUGGGCUCUGCCUCCGCCUCGCCCUUCCAGCCGCAUGUGCCUUACAGCCCCUUCAGAGGGAUGCCACCCUACGGCCAGCUGGCGGCCAGCUCCCUGCUCAGCCAGCAAUAUGCAGCCUCUUUAGGGCUAGAGAAGUUGGUAAGCCCUCCAGCCUCAGCCGCUGCUUCCAGCCCUAGUUCUUCUCCAUCUCCACAGCCCGUUUCAGAGCUUGACAUGUCCUCAGAGCCACAGCAGCUCACUGCCAAGGGAGCUGGUUUUCCAUCCAUCCCAGUCGGCAAGAGCCCCAUGGUGGAACAGGCUGUCCAGACUGGUUCUGUUGAUAACCUGAAUGCCAAAAAGCUGUUACCCAGCAAGGGUACCACGGGGAUGCAGCUCACCACUCGCCAGGCCCAGCCAAGCAGCAAGACUGCCAGCGAUGCAGUGCAGCCUGCAGCUGUGCAAACUCAAGGGCAGGUGAAUGAUGAGAACAGAAGACCUCAGAGGAGGCGAUCAGGGAACAGGCGAACCAGGAAUCGCUCCCGAGGGCAGAACCGUCCAACUAAUGUCAAAGAAAACACAAUCAAGUUUGAGGGCGACUUCGAUUUUGAGAGUGCGAAUGCUCAGUUCAACCGAGAGGAGCUUGACAAAGAAUUUAAAAAGAAACUGAAUUUUAAAGAUGACAAAUCUGAGAAGGGAGAAGAGAAAGACCCAUCUGUGGUGACUCAGAAUGAUGAAACUCCUGCUGAAGAGGACCUUCUGGGGCCCAACUGCUACUAUGACAAAUCCAAGUCAUUCUUUGACAACAUCUCUUCUGAGCUCAAGACCAGUUCUAGGCGGACAACAUGGGCUGAAGAAAGAAAGCUCAACACGGAGACCUUUGGGGUGUCAGGGAGGUUUCUGCGUGGUCGCAGCUCCCGAGGUGGAUUCCGAGGAGGCAGGGGCAAUGGUGCAACCCGUCGCAACCCAACAUCCCACAGAGCUGGGACUGGCAGGGUGUGAGGACACAGCCCAAGGCUCCUGCUCAGUGGCACAGAAGUACAGCUGUGUAUAUCAGGACACAAGGAAAACUUGGCACUUAUGGGGAGAAGUGGGUCACUUUGUUUAUGGAGUUUGGAGAAUUCCCAGCCUGCUACUUAUCUUUUGGACUUAAGUGAACCUGGACAUGGUCUGAGUUAGAGCCACUUGUUUUGGGGAAGUAUUCAUGGGUGACCUCUUGGAGGUAUCUGGACCUAUGUUUCCUAUUUAGUUGCACAUAGUCUAAGGUUCUGGUAUUUUGCAAAAAAGGUUUCUAUGGUGAAAGCUUUGAUCCUCACUGUAUUUUUUUUGUGACAACUUUGACUUUUAAAGUGGAACCAAAUCUCAUUUGGCAAAUGUGGCAGCUCUGUAACCCAGCUGGCCCUAUGCAGCUGGUGUGGCACCCCAGGGUCCAGUCUCAGGAGCCAGGCAGGGUGGUGAGGGGGUGGGUGGGCAGGCCAAGGGCAGGGAAGGGGUGUCUCAUGGAUCAUGUUGUAUAAGCAAACCGACCGACCCUGACAUGUUCAGAUUGUUGCUGUCCAGGGUGGGGGCUGAAGGGUGGGUGGGCUGAAGGACUUGCAGUGGUCAAGGGGCCAUGAGUCUGGUGCAGAGCUGUCACAUGGAACCUGGCCUCUGCAGCCAUCGAGGUGGGGGAUCAGAGCCCAGGACAAGCCCCUGUGGCAUCCCCUGGCCUUUCUGACUCAGGUCAGCCGGUCAGUGUUGGACUCCGGCUGAGUACUUCGGUCUUCUCAUCCACUUGAAAAUGAGCCAGUCUUUUUUGCAAGGUCAGUUGACCAAGAGCAUAUUUAUCCUCCAUUGUAAAUAGUUGUGUGUUUUUGUUUUAAAGGUUAGGUGGUGGGAGGGUGGGGUAUAUAAAUUUGUUGCAUGAACCAAUGGGUCAGGACUUUAGGGUAAGCAUGUAUCCUGACGGGACAUUUUGUUGAAAAUAAGCACCUUGGUAACUAAAACCCCUUUAAUAGCUGUAAAGGCUUUAGUUCUGUAUUGAUUAAGUUACUGUAAAAGCUUGGGUUUAUUUUUGUAGAACCUAAUGGCUAAGAAUUAGAACAUAGCAAUGGGGCUGCUGUUGAGUAAAUUGUAAACUAUAAAUAAACAUGCAAACCUUUCAAAUGUU